AUGCCCUACAAGACUCCCUCCAGAAGGGGGGCGUCCGCCCAAAAGCCGUUUACACCUCGCAAGCGAGGUCUCUUUGAAGACGGUCAAUGGCUAUGCGAGUGCACUCCGCGGAAGCCGGCUCUCUGCCUGACGGUCAAGAAGGACAGCCCGAACAAGGGCAAGCGGUUCUACACAUGCCAGGACAAUCCCAAGAAGUGCGACUUCUUCCUCUGGGAGGAAGAGGCAAUGAAGCGCGAGCGCGACGCCCUCCUGCUGCAUAACUGUAACUCAGAGAAUGGCGUCACCACCAGCGUGCGGGCCAAGACCCCCGAGCCCGCGCCCCCUCUGGACCUGCCUGCGCCAAAACCAGCCGCGCCGACGAUCUCCCAGUACUUCGAGAGGCCCGGAGCAUCCAAGCAGAGGAUCUUCAAAGGGCUCGACGCACCGCGCGGGAGCCACCCCUCACAGUCCAGCGACACGGACGACGAGGCCGACGCCUUGGUAGCAAGCCAGACGCUGCGCGGCUCGGUUUCGUCUAAGUCGCUGAACUCCGACGCGGCGGCGGCAGGCGCGGGCCCGGUGACGCCGACAGCGAAGCGUAAGCGCGGCGUCUUCCUCGAGGACAGCGACGAGGAGUUCGGCGGCGACGACCUCAACGACUCGGACACGGAACGGCAGCUCGCCGCCAUCACGGACGAGAGCGCGGAAGCAGCAGCGAGGCCCGGCCUGCUAAUCGGCCAGGAUGAGCGCGAGCGCUCGGCCAAGCGACAGCGGCAUGCCGGAUCGCCACCUAUACGUGCGGGUGACGACGAUGACGAGACGCAGUCACAGCCUGGGCAGGGGAAUGUGCCAGGGGACCCCGAGACGCCCACGCCCUACCGGAAGACCGACGCCCUCGCCGGGCUCAAGAACACCACCACGGCAGCCAAGACGGCAGGGAACGCAGCUCCGGCCGCGGACGACUACCCCAAGAUCACGGACGAGGUCUUCUCGCUACUGGCCCACCAGCCCGUCUCGGAGUCCACGAAGCGGACGCUCAAGGCGGCGAUGGAGCGGCACGAGAUGCGCGUCAGGGGCGUCGUGCGGGGCCGGGAGGCUGCGAGGGCGGGCGUCGCGGAGCGGGACGCCAGGAUCGGCGAGCUACAGGACCGCGUCGUAGCUCUCGAAAACGGCAGGAGAAUGGACAGGGAGAGGCUGCGGGAGCUCAGCUCGGGGCUCCUGAAGCUGAGCCAGGAGGAUUGA